AUGACUAGAACAAGAGACCUUUCAAGCGUUUGCAGCAUCAACAGCAGCACCAGUUUUUGCAGCAUCAGCAGUGGGCCAUCGCUACUAGAAGACGCUGAACAUGAUACCGGUCGGGCAACAUCCCGUGGCGGCGGGAAUAGCAGCGAAUAUGACCGACAGUGCUCCUCUGCUGCACCCGAAGCCGAUGGAGAUGUGACUGCCCGAUCAGGCAGGGCUUCGCAGGCCGGCGGCUCUAACAAGCGCCACAACGGCAGAGUCAACGUCAGCAGAAGUCAGCGCCCACUCCGUGAGGUGGUUGCGCGAAGGGCCUUCGAGUGUGUCGUUGGUACUCACGGGGGGCUAUCAAAGGUGCUUCGAAUUAUCGCAGAGAGUGAUGCUGCCGCCGCGCAAACCCGGGACCGCUACGACCAAGACGAGCUCCAGCAGACAGAAACAGAAACAGAAACCAGAUCUUCGUCCUCGGAGACAAGUGGGCAGCAUCAUGAUCGCCAUGGAAGGCACUCUCGUGUUGACUCCCCAGGCCUAGGCUGUCGGGUGGAGCCGGUGCUCCAUGGGGAAGAUAUCGACACAUAUCACCAGGCUUCAUCUGGAAGCUUUUGGGGCGUUGACUUGCACUGGUGUGACCUCGAGUCGCUCGCCGGACUUCCAGCCGAACUAGGCGGUUCGCCCUGGGCCCCGCCUGGCAAAGGUAGCGACAAAGAGGAUGAGAACGAGGAUGAGGAUGGGGAUGAGAACGAGGACGUAUCGUGGCGAUGCCUUUACUUGGACGCGUCUCUCAACAGGCUCAGGGGGAUUGAUGCUUUAGCGGAUGAGGCUAGCCUACGCGACUUGGUAAUCAUAUAUUUCAACUCGAAUCCGUUGUUAACCACCUUUCUUCCGGGAAGGGUGUACCUCGACGUCUCGUACAACCUAAUCAGAGACCUGGACGCUGUCCAAAACCUUCGCAAUAUACAGGUUGGCUGUUUUUCUGGGACCUUCCUGCCGCUCACGAUCCCCGAAUCGACCUCUCACUUCGUGUUCAUGUGUAUUCAGCGAAUGCUCGAACGACUCUCAGCCAGAGAUUCGGUCUUCACGGAUAUUCCUUCCAAUAUACAGGUCUUUCUGGCCUCAAACAACCAAAUUGGUUCUGUACAGGCACUAGGGAAGCGGCCCAAGAAGGGCGCCGGUCUCCGCCACGUGGACCUCUCGAACAACUCAAUACGCUCGAUAGAAGCCCCCCGCUCUGGAUAUGCCUUCCAACGUAUGAAGAGCCUCAAGCUUGCCAGCAACCACCUGAUGAGCUUCGAGGAGGACGCCGCCCUUGAGCUGACGUCGCUCGAACGGCUUGACGUUUCCGACAACGAGCUCGUUUCCAUAGACUGGGUGGGGUUGGUAGAGACGCUGCGUUUUCUCGACUGCUCCAAGAACCGGCUCUCGGCCCUUCCUACCUUCGCUAGAGCCUUGGCCAACCCCCCUCGCCUAGCGGAAGUUAUCGCUGAGGGAAAUACGGUGGCGUCCGAAUCCCAGUAUCGCAUCACAGUGCUGAUGGCGUGCAAAAACAUUCGAAGGUUGGACCAUCGGCCAGUAGACAGGGCGGCACUCAAGCGGCAGCUCCACCGCGCCACGGAGGCGAAGGCUUUGGCCUCUUUGCGAGAAACGGCCAACGAGGAGUAUCACCGGUGUGUGGAGGAAGAGGGCAUUCGCUUGGAGAAGCGAAAGUCAAUCCUCAAGGCCCAGGAAAGGCAACUCGAGGACGCCUUUCAGGGGUUUCGCCUUCAGAAGCAGCGGGAGAUAGGGGAGUGCAUCGCGUACGCGGAGUCCCUGAAGGGAGACGGCGACGGGAAGGGGUUGGUGUUGACGCCGGAGGUGGCACGCGAUUUCCGAGACGCGGUGGAAGAUAGGCGGCAGGGGAGCGAAGAGAAGAGCAAGUUCGCGGAUAGCGGCGACGUCACGACUGAUGAGCGAACCCAGGAUGAAAACUGCAGCCUGAAGACCACCUUGCGCGCUGCUGUUGCGCAGGAACACCCUGAGGCAACAAGGAGCAGUAGCAGCGGCAGCAACAGCAAUUGCAACAGUUGCAGCAGCGGUCGCCGCGACAAUAGCGGCACGUUUAGCGAUGACGGUGGCCACGACGGCACCGACGAUUUCUCAGAAAACUCCCAACACGGGAGCGGUGCCGGGAGAAGUCGAGCAAAUAGCAGAAGCAGAGUGCGAGAGAUGACUAGCACCGGCGGCCGAGGAGGAGACCCCGAUAGGCGUGGGAAAGGAUCGAUUUCGUUCGCGGCGAAAGCCCUGAAUAUGAAUGCCGCCCACAACAAAUGCGGCACCAACUUCCGCAUGUAG